AGGGCUCGGGAAGGGUGCUCCUUUCCCACUGUCCUCCUGCCUUGUUCGGCAGAGGCCUCCUCCCAGGGCUUGGCCACUCCCCGCGUCCAGCACCCCCACCCCUCAGCCGGUUGGGAGGCAGUCAGGAGGCUUUUUGCGGGGGCUGUGCCGGGUGGGCGGUUUUCCCAGAGCAAGGAACCGAGCAGGACUGAGUUGGCGCCAGCUCCCUCAGAUAUAGACGUUGCUGGCUGGAUGACCAGCCUGCCCUGCUAGCGAGAGCCCAAGGGCUCCCUUGGGCACUGUGUCCCGGAGCUGGGGGCUGCACCACCACACCUCAGGGGUGUGGCAUGUCACAGAGGGAGGCCAGAGGGGCACGGGCCAUGCCAGGACUGGGGCAGAGCCCGGCCAAGGCCACACCGAGGUUGUUAGCAGGCACUGAGAGGAAAAGGAGCCGCCUGAGCAGGAGAGGGCAGGACCUGUGGGAAGAGUCCAGCUGGAGCAACCAAAGAUGGAGCCGAACAGCCCCGAACCCUCGAGGAGCCAGGGCCAGGAGCCUGGCUCGGGGUCGGAGCGAGGCCAGUCCUGAGAACGCUGCGCGGGAGCGGAGCCGGGUGAGGACGCUGCGCCAGGCCUUCCUGGCCCUGCAGGCCACCCUGCCAGCCGUGCCGCCUGACACCAAGUUGUCCAAGUUGGACGUGCUGGUGCUGGCCACCAGCUACAUAGCCCACCUCACCCGCACGCUUGGACAAGAGAUGCCCGGCCCCGCCUGGCCGCCUUUCCUGCGUGGACUCCGCUAUUUGCACCCUCUCAAGAAGUGGCCGAUGCGAUCUCGUCUCUACGCUGGAGGCCUGGGGUGCUCUGGCCUUGACUCCACCACAGCCUCCAACUCGGGCCAAAGAACAAAGGAGGCAGAGGCUGGGCCCCAGGUCUCUGGAGAGGCAGAUGCCCUUCUUUCCACCAGGCCACUGUCACCAGCACCCAGUGACAAGUGAUCGUCACAGUCGCCCCCUUCUCCUGGACUGCCACUCAAGCCUUGGGACCUGGAUUCUCUGCCAGGCCUCACCUGUCUUCAUUCUGCCUCUCACCCAUCGGAUCUGAUUCAGGCUCAGCUCUGGGUCCCAGAAGAGCGGUGGGCACCUCUGUGAUGAGAGUACUCAGGAGGACCAGGAGCAGAUAGAGCCUCAGCUUGCCACCCACGGGUGACGCCCCAGGGGCUCCCUUGUGGCAGUUACAAGGAAAGGGUUUGAUUGAGUUGGAAGUUGAAUUCGUGCAUUGUCCCUUGCUUUUCUCUCCUGAGGUUCCUCCCACAAACCCUGGGAGAUUGCAAGACAAUGGCACAGAGGUAGCACCUGAGGCUGAGGUAGCGGCCAAGGCUGGCAGAGGCUGCAGGGGCUGAUGGGAAGACCAGGGGCCAGACUGGCUUUUGGCAGCUGUGAGUAUAAACAGAGCUGGGCCGGGGUCAUAUAGACAGAGGGGACACUGAAGAAGGGAACGUGCUUUGCUAUUUGCACUGCAAGAUGCUCACCUGAUGUCAGAGGCAGGGAGGAAUUUAGGAGUCUUGUAUCUGCAUCACGGUCUCUCCAGCUGCCCCUCAUGACUACAUUUUCUCCCUCUCUGGGCCCUGCAGCCUUCCACUCUUUUCUUGAUAUGAGUUAUAUUUACAGGUUAAGCCAGAAAGCUUACAUUGCUCACAUUCCAGGAUGCAGAGAAAUCUGUACAUGGUCCUAGCUGCCUGGUUUGAAAUUUCAUCCCAACACCUUAAAGCCUUAUGUAUGAAGACUCAAUUACAUCCUUGAAGGACCUUAGAAGGAGAAUGUGUAUCUUUUCCAGGGGAUAAUAAUGACAAUCUGCCAUUGUAUUAGACACCUAACCUCCAAGACAAACAAGAUUGGCCCAGGUUCACUGGGUUCCUUCCAUGAUUUUGGCUGAAGGCCUCACUGGCUCACGAGUUAUUUCCACAGUCUGUCUUUGAAUGAGCUCUCUCCGGCCAGCUCCUCCCCGCAGGCACUGCCCUCCCAGGCUUUCUCCCUGUCCUGCCAUGGGGUGCCAGAACUCAGAUAGUGCUCUGAGGGAAUUUAUCUCUGGCCCUGUAUAAGUUGUUUGAGGAAAGAUCACAGAGUCUAUACAUACAGAAAGGAACUUUCCAGAUUAGGUGUGGCUUCAGAUCAGACACCUAAAGCCCAGACAGAGAAGGAACCACCUUUUUGUUAAACUUCAGUGCCUUGGAGUGGAAAGGCAGGGACCAGGCCAACUAGAGUCCCAAAAGGGAUGGAUAGCCUUAGACAGAAGCCACCGUUGCCGCCAUGAGAGCAAAUGAGAUUCCGACUGGCUGGGAGCACCCAGGAGCCUGAGCUCUGGUGUGCGGAGUGGCUAUUCCUCCACAGGGCUGGCUAGGACAGCGGGAGAAAGGGGGCUGAGGGAGUGACUCAGCAGACUGGGGCGGAGGCAGCAAAGGAGACACAGAACGUCCCAGCCGAGGCAGCGUGAGACGUGGGAGAGCAGCUGGACCGGGGCUGGGAGCCAUGGGGAGAAGGCCUCGGCCAAGGCCAGACUCGUAAAUCUCCCGAGUCUCCGCUGAGGGGCCCGGAGAGCUUGUGCAGAGCCGCUUUGGGCAGCUGGAUGGGGCCAGGCAGGGCAGAGACCAGGUGUGGGUGGGCACGAGCACAGCGUUCUUCACAAGACCAUAAAAGUCCAGCUUGAAUGUUCUAUUUUUAAAGCCAAAUAGCAGUAUCUUCCUUGUUGUGUUUGAGCAUGGUCGGAAGAGGAACAGAUGAAUUUCUUCAUGAGCUGGUAGCACACCAUCUCUCUGGGGAUGAAGCUGGGAAAGCUGGCUUUGAGGGUGUGUUGGGUCCCUGCCCCCCACCAUCUGCCAUAGCAUAGGGCUUCUUCUGCUAACUCAGGGUUUGGAGCUUGCUGCAUCCACCCAGUUCACAUCCAGCCUUUGCCUUGCAAUGUCACAUCCUUUGUGGGCAGAAGGAUCACGUUACCCUGGUAGAAAAGACAAGGAGGGCCAGAGAGGGAUGCAGCUGGUGGGAGCUGGGGAGGGCAAGUGCCAUCAUGACGAGUUGCUAAGUCUGUCUCGGGAUCCUUCCAGGCAAAGCUGCUUUCCUUAGUGCUCUAGACAGGCCCUGUGGGCUCCAAAAGCCUUCUCCAGUCAGACAGCACCCAGCACAGCCCAGACCAGGAGGCAAAAGGGUGCAAGAGGGCAGGCAUUGCCAAGGAAAGGACCAGGGGAUGAAUGGGAAUAACCAGAAGAGAUGUCAGCUUUGGAAACUUUGACCCAUAAAUGAACCAGAACCAAGAGUAGGCCCUUUUUCCUCUGUAGCAGAGAAAGAAAAAUACCCUCUCACUAGGAGACCCUAGGGGAAAGGGUAUGUGGGAAAUAAGCUCCAAAAGGAAACAGGAGCCCGGAUGACAAAAUGACACUCAGGUGUCCUGGAUCAGGAGUGAGAAGGAUGCUGGUCCACUGGGGGGUCUUUUACCUCCUGCCCCAUCCCCAGGUGCCCACUCACCGUAGGGGUGGGGCAUUGAUGGCCAGGACGGCUUCCCCGGGGCCUGAUGUGUGAUAUGCCUGUGCUUUCUGAGGGGCAAGAAAGUUAGAGGGCAGUGGCUUAGAUGAGCUUUGGGGAAAGCAGAGCUGGCCAAGGGAUACCUAAAUAUUAAGGUGGAGACUACGGAUUUCACUGAACUGAGAACUAAGUGAUUAGAAACAGAAUCUAGUCUUGUCUGAGAAAUUCCCUUUCUCUUCCUCUGGAUGGAGCCGGGCGAGGAUGAGUCAGAUGGCGCUGAUGGAUGAGAUGCAUGUCCUCUCCCUUGUGUUGCCCAAGCCCUAAACCCAGGGCCCCUGCAACUUUGGUAUUCGAGAGCAGGGGUUGGCAAUCUAUGGCUUGCAAACCAAAUGCAGCCCCAGGUUUUGUGCUAAGUCACUUCAGUCAUGUCUGACUCUUUGCGACCCCAUGGACUGUAGCCCGUCAGACUCCUCUGUCCAUGGGAUUAUCCAGGCAAGAAUACUGGAUUGGGUUGCCAUGCCCUCCUUCAGGGGAUCUUCCCAACCCAGGGAUUGAACUUGAAUCUCCUGUGUCUCCUGCAUUGUCAGGCACCAUCUGGGAAGUCCAGAUUUUGUAAAUAAGUUAUUGGAAAACAGAUACACCUAUUUGUUUACAUACGAUCUAUGGCUACUUUCCUGAACAAUGGCAGGGUUGAAUAGCUGCCACAGACAGAAAAGCCCAAAAUAUUUAGAGUUCCUGUGAAGAAACUCUAGCCCUUUAUAGAAAAAAUUUGGUCCUGAUCACAGAUACGCGAAGUGUUGGUCUAGGAACACUGGGGUCCCUGAGACCCAUUCCAUGCUCUAAGUGGCCAAAAUUAUUUUCAUAAUACAAGAUGGGAUUUGCCUUUUUUCACUCCUAGUCUCUCAUGAGUAUGAUGGAAUUUUCCAGAAGCCAAACAACAUGGGAUAUUGCAACAGCAGAUGGAGUGUAGAAGCAGAUAGGAGAAUCCAGCUCUCAAUUACAAUAGACAUUAAAGAUAUUUGCAAAAAUGUAAAACAAUGCCCCUCUUCUCAUUAAAUAUUUUCCAAUACAGAACAUAAUUAUUUUUCAUAAAAAUGGUAUGUAUAGUCACAUAUAGUGGGUUAAUUGAUGUUAUUUUUAAAUAAAUAUUUAAGUCUA